CACACACACACACUUGCUUUUUGUGCACACACAGCACAUCAACUUAAAUUAAAAAGGUCAACGUCAGAACGCAGCAAACGACCCCCCCCCCCACACACACACACACACACAAACCACGUUUCACUGCUUAUACAGUGACUCUUUCACUUCCCAGCUCCUCACAUUCACACUGAUGCUUUUACCCCAAAGGGUAACUGGGAGCAGAGCAAAGUCUCCGACACAAGACAACUAGGAAACUUAUCUCGGUCACGCAGCUUCUGGCUGAGCCAUCUGACUGCUGGUUUAUCUGCUCCAACACACACCCUCUCACUGGGAGAGUGUCACUUCGCCUCCUCCACCUCCUCUUUCCUGCUGACUCCCCGCUCCCUCUCCUCUCGCCUCCUCGUCUCACCCUUCUCUGGAUGCCAGUAGCUUCUAGUCAUGGAGGAGACAACAGUCACACACCAAUCUGAACUGCCAGUCCAAAAAGUUUUGUCGUCAGUGAGUCAUGAGGAAGGAGCAGAGGGCUUUACUGGACAAAAUGAAGAUAACUGGAGUUCAAACAAAGCCUCAGCUCAGACGAAGCCAGUGCUCACACAACCGGGCCUCGGUGUCACCACAACGACCAUCACCACCGUCACUCAGACGGGAGGAGACUGGAGCUCCGGCCUGUUUGAUGUCUGUGGAGAUAAGACGACAUGUAUUCUGGGGGCGCUGGCGCCAUGUUGUUUGGACCUGAGUUUGGCUCAGCAGUACGGCGAAUGUUUGUGCAUGCCUCUCCUACCAGGAUCCACGUUUGCCAUGCGGGUUGGGAUCAGGGAACGGUACAAGAUAAGAGGGAGUGUGUGUGAGGACUGGACUACGGUGUGGUGCUGUUACCCUCUGGCUGUGUGUCAGAUGAUAAGAGAAAUGAAGAAGAGGAUGAAGAGUCAGACAUAUCAUGUGGCUACUGCACUUAAAUGCUCCUAAAAUACCUGUUGACAGAGGUUUUCGUUUUUACUGUGUGUACAAACAGACCAACAAAAUACAAUAGUACACAGAUUUUUUUCCCCUGAUUUUGGCAAAUAGUCGCAAAAGAAACUGUAAGUUUAAUCUUUUAGUUUCAUUUAACAUCCCAUCCCAAGCCAGUGAUUUCUGUCUUAAUCCAAACAAGAAGACUCCUGUUACUGUGGGCGUCGCGGGCAUGUUAGCUCAGUUGUUGUCAUCUUCACAAGGUCAAAGAAUAUGGCUCUCACUGUACAARACCAUCACAUGAAGGAACCAUUAAUCCCGAUUAAGCUGUAAAUUCUAAUUAAMCUUUUUGUCCACUGCUUAAAAAAGGCAAUUUAACAAGAUUUCAUGAAUGUUAARAAUGUGUUAAAUAAAGGAUGAUUUGUGUUUUAAUUCUGUUCAUGACGACAAAUAACCAAACAGAUAUAUUUURCCCCUGUCAAAUGGGAAAAAAAUCUUCUCUAAGUUUUACAUCKCAUAUAGCGUGAUGAGUUCACAGUAAAUCACAACAAAUCUAAAAAUCUGAUUAAUAAUAUGAACUGGGCCAGCUGAGGCAUAGGCAGUACAGGCAAAUGCUAAGGGCAUCAAUCGUCUAAGGGCUGCCACACAACGGGGAUGAUUUUUUUGUAACUUUUUCUAAGAGAUUUAAUCUAUAAAAUAAUCAAUGGUUACUUUGGUUUGUUGCUACAUGAGGUGUUAACUAUUUUACUUUAAAACCUGAUUUCUAAAAAGAAAAAGAAUAAAACAUCAAAGACAAUAUUUAAAUUGUGUUUGUGAGUGGGCAAAUUGGUGGUGAGAUUUGGAAAAUUGCACAAAGAGCACCACCUAAAUCUUGCCUAGUGCUACAUUUUGGCUACGGCCGGCCCUGGACACGAAUUUUCCAGUUACUAGAAAUGUUGAGAAUCUUUAUUCUAAUUAUGAUAAAAUCCUAAUAAGCCAUUUGAUUUAAAAUGUAAUUGCUGUUGUUCGCACGAUUUCCAUGCAUGCUGAACUAACUGUGCAGUUAACCAGCAUACACGCCACAGUGUGGCUUCAAUUACAAAUAAAGUUUUCUGAUGCCAACGRCUAUUUCUAUAUUCCAGUUAUUCUCUUGAAUAUGUAUUACUUUAUUCACCCAGAAGCAUCCAACCAUUUUAUUAAUCCAGCCUUGAUUGCUCUGGUUCCCUGAACCUGAAAUGCCAACCAGACAGAGCGGAUAUGAAAAUGUUAUUUAUUCACAAAAGCAGAUGAAUCCUCAAAGGGCAAAUAUGUAAUUUGGUAACUCUUGCAGAUGUGGUCUCCCACCUGGCAGCUGUCUCAGAUGAAAUAAGAAAAAGGCAGAAAAUUGGUUUGGAGACAAAAAAAAKUGAGAAAGAUGUGAAUAAUAAAAUCUGCUCAUAUUCAGCAGAGGACAGUCUCCAUUUCAGUGAGCUAAUCUGAUGAAUAUAAAUGUUUUAAACAUACUUCACUUCUUAUGUGUCUAUUCUGUCACUAUUUAAAGUUGGCGCCUGUUUUUUGAGGUCCAUUUAAGACGGGUGACUAGUAAACUAAAAGUACAAAGAAGUACAUUUUAUAAUAUCUCCGGAAAGUGGAGAGUUCUAACUUGAAUUAUUGGUGACAAUCAGAAAACAGGAUCACAGCAAUUAAGAACUGCAAAUGCUGCCCAUCUCCAUUAUUAUUUCUCUCAUUAAGAAAUCAUU